AUGAGUACCGGGGAUACCGUGAUUGGAGUGUCUGAGAGACAUUUUGUCUUGUUAUCUGAUGAAAAUAGAUUUGUUCGCAAGAAAGCACUCACAGAAAUUCAUGAAGUUCUCAAAACUAUCUUAGAUGGGAAGGAUUCAAGUGCUUUCCCUUUCUCCGCCUGUGCUUCACGCCUUACGAACACACUGAAUGACCCUAUCGAAGUUAAUCGUGAACUAGCUGUGCAAGUCAACCGAAGUUUCCUAGAAUGCGCUCCAGAUAUUUCAGUGGUUUUGCCUUCGUUAUUUCCGGUUCUCGUUAAGCGACUUGGUGAAAAAGAGUUAGUGGAACCUUCGGAGGAACUGCGUCUCGAGUGCUUGAAGCUGUUUGGUCUGGUUAUGAAGAAAACAGUGGAUCUUAAUCCAUAUGUAGAUGAUAUGCUGAUUAUUCUCAAGCAGUCACUCAUGGAUGCGUUCCAUGAAGUGAAAAAGCUGUCGUGUACGAUUUUGCAAGACCUAGCUUCUGUGAAAUGCCAUCGGUUUUAUCAAAAUUCGGAAAUUAUUUUGAAUCCCCUGCUGAGUAACUUGGUUCAUCAGCAUUCAAAAGUGCGCAUGGCUACUGUUUCGGCUAUUGGUCAUGUUCUGAUGAAUAGUCAAGGCAAAUUGGUCGAUCAGGCGGUAACUCCCUUGACCCAACGCCUAUUUGAUACCGCGACCACCGUCCGGAAAAGCGUGAUAGAGGUGAUAGGAGUGUGGUUGCUUGAUCUUCCGGACCGCUAUUCGUAUCACACAAAGCUCCUCCCUUUGAUGCUUUCUGGUUUGAUCGAUAGUUCAGAGGAGAUAAAGAGUUUGACAGAGGACUACUGGCACGAUAUCGGUAACUUCAUGGCAUUUAAAACGUUCUUAUGA